AUGCGGAAUGGAAGCUGGAAGGCAGACCAGUUCACUGGUUCCCAGUUCUGGAUGGAGAGUAUGCAGGCCCUACCUCCCCUCCACAACCAUAUGUUAUUCCCAGUGUCGUUAAAGAGGUUUUCGGAUGGCUCGUGACAGUGUCCAAAAAUUCCUGGACGUUCUCGAACAACACAGACAUAUGUGGCAGACAUAUAGGAAGGAGGAGGUCGAAAAGCGGGAGGAUGCUUUGUCUUACUGGAAAACCAUCUUCGUCGAGGCGGACGAUAUGAUGCAAGAGGAAAAGAAGAAGGAGACGGAAGAGGGUGAGGAAGAGGAUGUUCUCGAGGCGGACGAGCCCGAGAUCUACCAUCACACCUUCUGGCCACAAUCAGUCGAAACUAUGGUCGAAGUUCAAGAAAUUGACCCUCCUUCGCCAGAGGCUUCGCGUAUAUAUAUAGGACCGAGGGCGGGCCGUCCAAAAGUGGACUUUGACCCCCGGCGCCAUAUACACAAAGGUGAUUUUAUGAUUGUCAGGCCACCCGAUGAGGAAGUGUCUCAAGGUGUCCCAUUCUGGAAAGAGGUUGAGGUUGAGGUAGAUCCCGACGGCGACGAGGAGGAUGAUAAGGAGCCUGGGGACGUUGUUGCUCCAACGAAGAUGAUUGACGCUUGGAACACCCUUUGUGUCAUCCAACGAUGAUGGGAUGAGGAGAACGAGGAGGAGGAAGAAGAUGAGGAGAAGAAGGAGGAGGAGGGGGAGCAGAAGGAAGUGGACAGAAAGGAGGAGAAGGAGGAGGAAGAGAUGGAGGGAAAGGAGGAGGAGGCGGCGAGAGACAAGAGAGACAUGAAGGAGGAGGAAGGAGGAGGGUAUGCACCUGCAAAGGGGUUGGAGCAUGUGGUGGCGGGUGCAUUGGUGAGGUCGAAUGGCAUCACUGUAAACUCGGAGUGACCAAAGCGUGAUCGGAAGGCGGUCCUUGGCUGGUCCUCUGCGGCAACGUGGAUCUAGUGGUAACCACUACAAAGAUCGAUCUUCGUGAAGAAGCGGUUAUCUAACAGACGGUCAAACAACUCAUUCGCGCAAGGUAUGUGAUAGGUGUUCUUAAUCGUGUAACGGUUAAGGUUACGAUAAUCAAUGAAGAGACGGAGGGUUCCAACCACUUUGGAAGCAAACUUGAAGAGGACGGAUGCACCCAGGGGGACUUACUAGGUUCACUGAAACCCAGUCAAAGGAGCUCCUCAAGUUGACGCUUGAGUUCCGUUGCCUUUAGAAAGCGAGAAUCGGUAGGGUAUCUGAUGGUCGACACGAUAGUCAGACACGAGUUUGAUAAAAUGCUUAACACCGC